CCUGGGCGGCUCUCCACCGCCCACCUGACGCAGCGAGGGCGGCGCCCGCUGUGGCCACAUCCCCUCAGGGCCCCACUCGGCUCCGGCCGCCCUGGGUCUCGCAGAAGCGCGGGACUCCCAGGCGAGCGCGGAACCCGCAGAGGCGAGAAGUCUUCGAUUUCCGGAGGAGCAGAGCGCCGUCUUCGGGCCUAGACGGGGAAAGAGGAGCUUGGCCGUGAACUGGGCCCUGUCCUGGAGGGCCCAGCCUCGGCCGAAUGGCAGCGUCCCCGCUGGGCCGCCUGGUGCUGACCCACCUGCUGGUAGCCCUCUUUGGCAUGGGGUCCUGGGCUGCCAUUAACGGGAUCUGGGUGGAGCUGCCUGUGGUGGUGAAAGACCUUCCCGAGGGUUGGAGCCUCCCCUCCUAUCUCUCUGUGCUUGUGGCACUGGGGAACCUAGGUCUGCUGGUGGUCACCCUGUGGAGACGGCUGGCCCCAGGGAAGGGCGAGCGAGCCCCCAUCCAGGUGGUGCAGGCACUGAGUGUGGCGGGCACAGCCCUGCUGGCCCCAUUGUGGCACCAGGUGGCAACGGUGGCAGGGCAGAACCACUCCGUGGCCUUCCUGACGCUGACCUUGGUGGUGGCACUGGCUUGCUGCGCCUCAAAUGUCACUUUCCUGCCCUUCCUGAGCUACCUGCCACCUCCCUUCUUGCGGUCCUUCUUUCUGGGCCAGGGCCUGAGCGCCCUGCUGCCCUGCAUGCUGGCCCUCGUGCAGGGUGUGGGCCGCCUCGAAUGCCCGCCAGCCCCCACCAACGGCACCCCUGGCCCCCCCCACUACUUCCCAGAGCGUUUCCCCGCCAGCACCUUCUUCUGGGCACUGACCGCCCUUCUGGUCACUUCGGCUGCUGCCUUCCAGGGUCUCCUGCUGCUGUUGCCAUCGCCACCACCUGUGCCCACAGGGGUUCCAGGGCCUGGCCUGCAGGCGGGAGCCGCAGGAGUGGAGGAGGAAGGGGAAGAGGAGGAAGAGGCCCUGCCCCUGCAGGAGCCACCAGCCCAGGCAGUGGGCACCACGCCCAGCCCAGACCCUGAGGCCGGUCGGCUGCGCUCUGCUCAAGGAGCCUGCCUGCUGGGCCUGCUGGCCGUCACCAACGCACUGACCAACGGCGUGCUACCUGCCGUGCAGAGCUUCUCCUGCCUGCCCUACGGGCGCCUGGCCUACCACCUGGCGGUGGUGCUGGGCAGCGCCGCCAACCCCCUCGCCUGCUUUCUGGCCCUGGGUGUGCUGUGCAGGUCCCUGGCAGGGCUGGGCGUUCUCUCUCUACUGGGCGUGCUUUUUGGGGCCUACCUGACGACACUGGCAGUUCUGAGCCCCUGCCCACCCCUGGUGGGCACCACUGCAGGGACGACCCUCGUGGUGCUGUCCUGGGUGCUGUGUCUGGGGCUGUUCUCAUAUGUGAAGGUGGCCGCCAGCUCCCUGCUGCAUGGGGGAGGCCGGCCAGCAUUGCUGGCGGCUGGUGUGGCCAUCCAGCUGGGCUCCCUGCUUGGUGCCGUUGCCAUGUUCCCCCCCACCAGCAUCUACAACGUGUUCCGCAGCGGGAAGGACUGUAUGGACUCUUGUGGAUCCUAAAUCUGGGCAGGUGGGGACCUCACUCCGCCCCAUCUAUCUGCAGGCUGGGACUGCCACAGUGUGUGAUUGCCCUUGGCCAUGGGGGGCCCUCCCCAUGCGGGGCACGCUCACGUACACCUGCACACUCCACAGGAGGCUCUGGCACUUCGAGGCUGGGGGCCACAGCAGGUCCGGAGUCAGGG